AGGAUGCUAAUUGGGUGAGGAGGACUAUGUGAGAGGGGGGUGAGUUCUUUUCAUCUCAAGAGCGCGGCCACUCAGUCCAAAUGAAYUGCCGCUCCGGCUAGGAGUUCUACCUUCUCUUCUGACUGAUUUCAAGCUGUUUCUUUCAUUGGGUUCAUUAAUGCCUGCGUCUACACGAUCGCAAACGAGAGAGAGAGAGAGAAGAGAGAAGCUUCUGAGUGUUGAUCUUGAGGGAGUGAGGAGAAGGAAGAGGAGUGUUCAUCCCAGACAAGUGAGGAAGUACGGACCUCUCUUGAGAGACUUGUUAAUUCCUUCGUCCUCCAUCAUGGCAUCGACAGCAGAUUGGAAGCUGCAAAUGGACGCUGCCCCUGAGGCAGAGAAAGCACAGUACCGAUUCUUCUAUGAGAAAGCAUUGAAGAGGGAGGAGGAAGAGAAAGAGAAGGAGAGGGAGGAGAAGGUAAAGGCUCAUGAAGCCAUUUUCUAUACCUUGCCUGCCCUAACUGAUGAGGAGAUGGAAGAGAAAACUGUUCCACUCCUUCGGGCUUUGGUAGACAUUCGGGCUGUUGAGGACCAUACUGGCCAGCUCGCCAAAGUGUUCGACGAACUCAAAAAGUUGCGAGAUGACAUGGCCCUGAUGGUGCAGCAGCACCGUGACCAGUUGCAACAGUUCGCUAAUGUGCAGCCAACCCAAAGUAUCCUUCCGCCUGCUUACCCUGCUUCUAGUGUUGUGUGUCAGUCCGUUCUUGCCCCUCUGAAUGUGUCUUCUUCUACUUCUUCUUCUUCUUUGAGUGUGACCAAUAGACUAUCUAGAUCUGCAGCAGGUUCAGACCCCGCUGCUGCUGCUGCUGCUGCAGCAGCAAGUAGUAGCGCAGGGCAUUCGGGAACUGUUGCAGUCCCGAGUUCGGACCCAGCAGCCGCUGGUCCAAGCUGCAGCUUUUCCUAUAUGGAUAGAAAGGCGGCCCAGAUUCCGUCUAAGCAUGACGAAAAGGACGACAUCGAAUCUUGGAUCAGCUCCAUGCGAUCCUACUUCGAUGUGCUAGGGACACUCCCAGUUACUCAGUCGUCGGUCCUAGGGACCAAUGUGGAACCCGUCGUGAGAGGAUUCUUGGAAAUCCAAGUUGUACAAGCAGGCUACAAAAGGAUAGACCUGAACAAAUGGCUGAAGGCUACGCCGGUAGCCACACUCGAAGAGCUCUUGAUCAAACAGUAUGCUGAUCCACAUGCUGCAGCCAAGGCUAAACUCAAGCUUGACAAGCUCAAGCACAGCAAGUGGACCGACACCAUGCACAGCCUGCAGCAGUAUGUUAGUAAAAUCUUUGCUACUCCGGAUCUGGAGAUGACUACGCAGUCCUGUCUGGAUGUGAUAAAAGGUACGGUCCCCUCUACUAUAAAAGAUCGACUCAGCGCAUAUACAGAUUGGCUUACCCUCAUGCAGGACUUAGUCAAGCUGGAGGCACAAGACCUCCCGGGUGGAUCAAGUGGCAAAAAGACCACCAGCCGCAAACGGUUUCCAGGCAGCAACCGUUUUGCAGCACACGAUCUGCUUGAGGCUUGCGAGGAGACCCUCGUGGAGGAAUCUUCUCUUGAUGACGAUCAAGAGCAAGACUGCGGGGUAUCUUGCCCUUUGUCAGCCCAUGAGUCUGAGUAUGUGAACGACGACGAAUCUAUGAAUGCCUUUAAAAAGACUGCCUUUAAAAGAGAAUGUCAUGACGCCACCGACCAUUUUGGUUUCAAGAAGACUGCAGCCAAUUUGUUGCAGCGGUUCUGGUGGCCCACGAUGAUGAGAGAUGCUAAGCUGUAUGUGGAGACUUGUAAGGUCUGUCAGAGAGACAAGCCCCGUACAGAGGCCCCUCUUGGGCUCCUCAAGCCCCUUUCGAUUCUGGAAAUGCCUGGUGAGAGCCUAUCCAUGGACUUCAUGGAUACCCUGGUAACCAACAAGAGCGGAAUGAGACACAUCUUUGUUAUUGUGGAUAGGUUUAGUAAGUACGCUAGGUUAGUUGCAAUGAUGGAGACAGCGAAGACUGAUCAUGUGAUUAAGCUGUUCAAAGAGAACUGGUUGGAUUAUCGAAGUCUAUAGUAUGAGCACCAAGGCUCAAGAGGAGCAAGCCGCACCCUGUUCAAAGAAAGAAAAGAAAAGGAGGCGAAGAAAGAGUUGAUUAAGCAUGCCAAGAAGUUGGCCUUAUUGGAGGAGCAGGCGGCGAAGAAGAAAAAGUUGGAGGAGAUGGAGAGGUUGAAGAAAGAAGAAGAAGAAAAGUUGAAGGCAGUGGGAGAAGAAGAAGAGGAAGUAGAUGAAGAAGUCCCCUUGGAAGAAAUGCUAAAAGAGAAAGAGGGGAGUCGAGCAGCACGAAGGAAGAAGAUCAAUGGAUGGAGAAGAAGGUUUCAGAGUGGGUCGUCAAUCUAUCCCUGGGAGAAGAGGAAGAAUCAAUGUUAUAUGUCCCCAGGGCAGAACAGGAGGCGGUGAUAAGGGAGCUAGAGGCAGGGGAAAACCCCUACGCCGCCAGCCAAUGGAAGUAGAGAAGAAGUUGGAAUGGAAGUUGUGCCUCACAAGAGAGAAGAGGCGUUGGAGGCGGCAUAUAGGAUGGAAAAGGAGUUGAGGGUGGUAGAUAAGCAGAGAAGGCAUCUUCAAGGGAAAAUGGAAAUCAUGGCUAGGAACAUAGAACUUUUGGCGAAGGCCCGGCAGGAACAAUAUCAAUUCAUGAGGGGCCAGGAUAUAGCCUUACAAUCCAUACGCCUAGGUUGUAGAGAGUUUGCACGAGAGAUGAAGGCGAGGAUAAAAAAUACUGAGCACU